AUGGCCGGCUCAUUGGACAACCCCAGGCGACACGUGCAGGUGCUUCCGGAGAGAGUAGGACAGGUCGCCGGCUCAGAGUUCCCGGGCCAUUACCCUGGAGAAGAUCACUCCUGGAACUUGCAGGCUUUCAAAAAGGCGCGUGGCUUGACUGAUUGA